CAAUGGGAGCUGAAUAUUUGAACGGGUGGAGGCAGCCAAGAAGUUAGGCGGUCUGCUGCUACUAGUAACGAAGACGGGGUUUAGAAUAAAGAGGAAAGGCAGAGGAGCAUGGGUUGUCACAACAGCAAAGUUUGUGGCCAGGUCUCCCGGAAAAAGAAGAAAAACAAAGCAAAAGAAGGUGAGAAGCAAAUAAAGGAAGUCAUCAUCAGCCUUAAAGAUGGGAACGGUAUACUCUCAUCUGACGAGCAAAACUCUGGCUUGGAGAUUCGACUGGAAACUUAUGAGUGGCAGCUAAAGAUACUACAUGCAGUUUUGAUGGCUUCAGGAGACCAGGAGAGAGACAAGCUCCUCAAGGACCAUCCUGGAGACAUUUGCACAUUGGUCCACAGCAUUAUAGAGAAGGUGAAGACUGAGAUAGCCGCUGAUCUAAAUGAUCUUCAUGAAAAGCAGAUGAGGAGCACAUUAGAACAGCAUCAGAGAGCAACAGAAGAGCUACGACUAUUAUACAGUGAAGAGAAGAAUGUUGUAAAUGAAAUGCACACAGCAACUGAGAAUGCUUUAAAGGACCAGAUUGAAGGGCUGACUUCAGAGCUGAAGCUGUUCAAUGAGUUGAAGCGCAGAGCUGAGGAGUCUACGCUCAGGAGGGACCUGCAGAGAAAUAUUGAGACUCAUGGCGGCCCUGGUGCAUUCUGGGAGCAGGAGCAGGAGAGCCUGUUAUUUGUCAUUGAAAUGAAGCGUGAGCGUUUACAGGAGCAGGGGAACAAACUGCUGCACAUGGAAACACUGGUUGAGAAGAACCUCUCACUGGAGGAUCAGCUCCUGCAUGUUCUACAGCAGAAUGAGGACUUCAGGGUCCGGAUAGACAACUAUCAAAGCCUCAUACAUCAACUCUCCAAGGAGCAGAAUGAGCUGCAGGAGGCGCUUGAGAAACAGUCUCUGCAGAGCCAGAAGCUCAGCCAGGAGAAAGAAGAGCUACUCUUUAAACUCAUACACCACAGAGACUCCUGCUCUUCAUUUCACCUUACAUCCAUUGUACCUGCAGAGGUGUCUCCCAGCUGAGCACAGAAUUAACCCCAACCACCAUAUCCCGACCUUGCCUGACCUUGGUGCCUUUGCAGCUGUAAAGUUUUUUUGUUAUGCCAGCUUGUGGAGUGCUGUGAUCAAGCAGUGUUGAAACUGACUUACUGCAUUUAUCAUUUCAACUGGCAAAACAAAUAUUUUUUUAUAUUUUAGAUUUAAUAUCAAGAAUGUUUGAUUCCAUUUUUGGAAUAGCUGUGGAUCUUAUGCAGUAGCUACUUGUGUUAAAAAUAAUUUUUAUUUUUGUGUAGUAACAGCUUUUAACAUUUGAAUUUGUUGUAUGUGGUACAAAAGGUAUUAGCAGCUGUAAAAUAAUUUUUUUUUUUUUUUUUUUUUUUUAUUUUAUUUCCGUCAAGAAAACGGCUGUCAAGCAGGCUCUGUUUUUACACACAAAAACGGUUAUAAUUUUGCCUUUGAACAUAAUUAGAGCCAGAAGCACUUGUUUGUGUAGCUUGAAGCUUUGGGAUCUUUUCAGAUGCACUUGCACUUUUUUUAUCUGUGUUUUGUUUAAUUGUUGGAGAGAUAAUGGGCCUCGACAACUUUGUUGACUACCAAUAUGCGUUUUUCCUUAACCUUGCACACUUUGGCACUAAUAUAUAUAUAUAUAUAUAUAUAUAU